AGUGCAUUGACGAGAUAGGCGCCGAUCUCACUAAGUGUUUAUCUCAACAUAAGUACGCUGUAUCCAGGGGACACAACAACAACACCCUCUUCUGCCAUCAGUGGGACACAGACCAUCAUAUGGAUUGAUCAGCAGCGUGCGUAGACUUCCCUUCAGCUGAUGCACAUGCCCGCAGGCUGGUGGAAUCUUCCUUAAUCAAACUGCUGCCUAAUUUCUACCUAGACAGCGGCUUUUCUCCUACCGACAGUCUCCUCGCUUCCCACAUCCUACGCCUUAUACUCCCUACUCUAUCUUCCCCUUCAUAUAUGAAGAAGGAUUCCAGGAGGAUAACGAAACUUGCUUCAUUUCAAUAAAUCUAAGACGGCGUAAGAAGCGGCGAAUCCCCCCCCCAAAAAAAAAAAAAAAAAAAAAAGUGAGAAAUGGAAAACAGAACCCGGCGCCAUCUUUGCAUCCUGGUCGGUCAGAUGGAAGUUCCUCAGUCUGUGAUCAGCUGUCGGAGCGAGGAGACCUUACAGCUCUCGCGCCGAUGCUACGAUGCUGUGACGGGUAGGGGCGCCGCAGAUGUCUUCGGGCGCGUGGAGAGGGGAUGCAUGGCCGUAGAGGUGGUGAUCGCGCCCUCUCACGUUACCGUAAAGCAUGGGGAUCAAUUGAUAAAUAGCAUUCGACUGCAAGAAUUGAGGUUACUAAUGGCCAUGCGGAGUCCAGGAAACCAUGUGGUGGCUGCAGGAUACUGUCAGCACGCACAGACGUCGGUGGCACUUGUUUUCGAGUUUGCUGACGUCGAACUCGCCAACAUUUUCAUCAAAGACUACCAGGGCUGCUCUGUGCGGGGCACUUUUCACAGAGAGGACAUCCAGCCUAAGUCUCCUCCGCGCCGUACUUCUGUCGAACUGUCCAAACACCCUUCGCUGAGUGGUGUAUGUGCUGCCCCAGCUAACUCUCAAGAAAAACUUCGUGAGACGGCCAUCUCGAAACCGCCAAUCCCUCCGAGAACCCGUAUGUAUUGCCAAGAAAAGCCCGCUGUACCUUCCAGAAACAGCGUUGUAGGCGGUACAUAUAAGCCCACUCUUCCUCGGAGAGAUAGUGGAGUUGAGCAGAUCUCGCCAAUUGCAGCCACAGCCAAGCCACCUCUCCCUCAAAGAAUAAGUGACACUACAUCCAAAAUUCCUCCACCUCUCCCUCGCAGAGGCGCCAAAGUCGCCGAGAUCUGUGAAGCGGUCGCAAGUUCCAGGGACACUGAUUCCAAAAUUCCUCCACCUCUCCCUCGCAGAGCCACUGAAGCCCCCGAGAACUGUGACGCGGCCGGUAGUUCCAAAUCUCACAGCCCCAGAUUCCACAUGCUUAAUCCCUUUUCAAAGAAAGAACGAAAGGGAGAAGAAUCACCGGAGGGCCAAAACCAAGGAAAGAAAGGAUUAUUCUUGAGAAAAAAUAUCAAAUAUGAAAAUGUGGAGUUUCAGGUUGAGAAAAAGAUUGAAACGGUAACACCUUCUCCCAUUGAUGAUAAAGAGUUUGCAGACUACGAAUUCCCAGAUAGUGACGAUGAUAGCUAUGGAAAUUUUUACGGAUCUUUUGACCGAAGCGUUGAGGAUUCAGAACGCAUCUUUUGUCAUGAGACGGUUCCUCACGCUGAGGAGAAGGAUAAGCAGACAAGUUCACAGGCGGAUCGUAUCAAUUACUUCCUGACACAUGAGUACAAUUACCUGACCUCCCUAAGUUAUAUAAAAGCUGCCAGGACACUGUCUCCAGAGCUGCAGCCUCUUCUGCGCGGCGUAGACACACUAGAAGAAUUACACCAUGAUUUGUACAGAGAACUAUAUUCAUCAUGCCAGUCUUACUCAUCGAUCGCACAAGCAUUACUCUCGCGACGGGAACAAUUGGAGUCCUACAAAUACCACAUGAUGAAUGGUCCUCUGAUCUACGCAGCAUUGGCAAAGGUACCGGAAACCAAGCUUAAAGAUCAUCCGAACCUGAAGGACUCCCUGAGAAUAUCGUGGAAAAGACUUCACUUCUAUUUCAUGAGUCUGGAAGAGUUUCUGGCUAGUGCUCCAGAAGGUGACAAAGGCGUCAUGCAAGAAGCCGUGGCGAUGCUCAGGGAGUUGCACGCCCUCGGAGACAGUGCCAUCCUCAUUGAUGGCGUGAAGGGUACUCCUUUCGACCUGCACAUUAAAGGACCGUUGCUACUCCACGGCUCCUUCAAGAUCAAAGGGCCAGAGAUGCAGAAGAAGGAUUACCGUGCCCUCCUUUUCGCAGAAAUGCUCGUUAUCACCCUCCCUGAAGGUUGGACCUCCAGGUAUCAGUGUAGCCUACGCAUCGACCAACUAAUCCCCAUUUCCCAGAAAAGCGAUUCAGUUUCGUCGUUUACUGUGCAAGUGAGUGAUGGAGGAGGGAAAGGGAAGCUUUAUGUCUUCACAGCACGUGACGAAAAGACGAAAGAAAAGUGGUUUAAUGAAAUAACGAAGCUUGCUGCUAAAAUCGCAGACGAAGUGAAAAGGGAGUUUGAAAAGCGCUAUGGUAUGAAGCCUCAGGCCUGAGAUAAUGUUUGCAUUUUCAUGUGUAAAAAAAAAAAAAGAUACACUCAAUGACAAUUACUCAGCAAUAAAGAAAAUAAUAGUAGCGAUAAAACUUUAAAUGCUGAAUAUGUUGGUCAUUUUGCGUUUUAGUGUUUUAUUCACUUAAAUUUGUUAUAUUAUACGACUUGUUCAUGUGGCCCCAAUUCAUGCCUCAGCAUCUAUUGAUGUGGCAGGAUUGGUGACUUCCCUUAAUGAUUCACAACUGCUACUUAGCCAAUGUUUUUUUUUCUUUUUUUGUGGUGGGAAAUAUGUAAAUGGGUCAAAUUUCUCUAUACCAGUUUCUAUUUCUUAUAAUCCUCAUAACAUAAUGUUUAAAUUAAUCUGUUCAAACCCAGUGAUCAAAAUAGUUACCAUAUUAGAAGGGAAAAAUCCCGGAUUGAUGUGUACCAAUACCAUGCUAGGAUUUCUUGCAGCAUACUUUAGCAGAAAAUAUAAUCUUUUAAUAGUUACAACCAUGCUUAACUGCUCAUAGUAAAUUUUUGAGUUUCUUUUAUCUCCUUUACCAUUCCUGUGCAAACCUGUCUGCAACAACUAAACGUGAUUCCUGCACCUGGAAGGCAACCUUUCAAGUGCAAUGUCGCUUUUCAAAUUUAUUUACUUAUCUGCUUAUGGAGAUACUGACCGUUAUACCAUACUGCAUAAUUCUGCAACAAAAUACAUUCUAUUAUAUUUUA